CUGGAAAACCGAAUUAGCUCGAUAGGCCCAGAAUCAAUCUGGUUGAUAGGCAAGGCUUAAUCAACGAAUUGUGAGAAAGGUCAUUCGGAUGAACUGUCUGAAGACUCAACCUUUACCGCUCUACGACGACUCCUCCCGAGGUCGAACCAAAUGGAAUGUAGUGAAGAGAGUAGAUGCAGAGAGCUGGCCAAAGCCUCUACCUUUUACCGUGCAGUCUACUCUGAGAUAGAGGAAGUUGGGUGGGAGAAUCUCGUGAGAUUUGGUGGAGAUCUAACAUCUCUCAGCUUUCGGGUCUUAGAUAGUAAGGGCAGAGUGCAUGUUAUGGAAAUUCAGUUGGAUAAAACCCAUCCUACCUAUCCUCCUUCAAUUUCGGCAGAUGUACCUUAUUUGUUUAAUUUAAAAUGGUCAUCGAACUCAAGAUUGAAAGAUGUGGUUCAGCAGUUUCGAAAGCAUCUGGAGAAGCUUCAGACAUUUUGGUCUACUUUGGAUGAUAUUGAUAGGUCCCUAUGUGUUGUUGAACCUAAACAAGCAUCUCCUGCUGUAUCCAAUCGCCAAGUCAUUAUAGGAAAUGAUUGUUUCGUCAUGUUGUCUAUUAAAGCCACUGAUCCUAGAUCUUUACCAGAGUGUCGUUUUAUUGGUACAGGUCAAAUCGUGAACCUUUUGAGAGACAGAUGGCAGAGAAAUAGCAAAAGAUGGGUAAAAGACAAAAAAUUUCUGGUUAAUCUCGAAACUCUUCUGGAGACUCAACUUCCAAAGCCUGCAGAUGUUGAGAAGAAUGAUCAGCAAGUGGAAUGCGGAAUUUGUUAUGCUCCGAGUCUUCCAGUUGAUGAUGAGCUCAGAGGUAAGAGUGGAACUGGGACUGACUAUACAUGCGAUAAUACCAGCUGCAAGAGGGCUUUUCAUAGCAUAUGUCUCGUGGACUGGCUGCGUUCCAUUACCACAACAAGGCAGUCAUUUGAUGUUUUAUUUGGAAGUUGUCCAUACUGUUCAGAACCAGUUGCAGUGAAAAUCAAUAGUGUGAAGAAGUAAGCUAGGUCUUCCAGACCUGCUAAUCAAGGAUCUUCUGAUGUGCUCCUUUCCUGGGCAUAUCCUUAAAGUCUAGAGGUGGUCAAUUCCUUGCCCAUACUUGGAUUAAUGUCCUUUUUACGGUAAACUUUGUAGCACUAAGGAAAUGUAAAGACUAAAUCCUGGAAAAUCCUACUUUUAAUUCUUAUCGAAGGAUUGAACUUCGGUUUUGCCAAUGCUACAAAUAAUACCCUUUUCUGCUCCUCA